UUUACUUCCGCCAAAGAAGAAGCCAGUCCACAACAGUCGUGUGUUUACAAUUUAUCCCCCAUACGUUUUCAGUCCAAUCGUUUCCAAUAAAAGGACAGCAUGCCCGUAAUUUGUGCGGCAACGGGGUGCAACAAUAAGUUUGUCAAGGGGUCAGAAAUAAGAUUUUACCGGUUCCCUCUUAGCAAGCCUCAACUUUCCAGCAAAUGGGUGCAGAGCCUUGGGAUGAAAAACUUCAUUCCGACUACCAACACUUGCCUCUGUUCAGAGCAUUUCAGGAGCGACUGCUUCAGGGACUACAAUGGCAAGCAGUUCCUGAGAGAGGAUGCAGUGCCCACCAUAUUCAGCCAAGGGCAGGACUCCUCAAAGAUUGAAUUACGUAAAAGAGGAGUUAUACCAAAAGAGCCAAAUGUGGCCAAUCAAAUGGCAACACAAGCUGACAGAGAGAGAGAAAGAGCGAAAGAGGCCGCUUUGCGCAGAGAAAAAAGAGGAGGAUUCAGGGGAGGACGAGGAGGUCGUGGAGGGAAACAGCUGUCUGACAGGCAAACGAUUGCAGCCAAAAGCAGAGUGUACGACAACAAAGGCCGACUGCUCUCCAACGGGAAAGACAUGUGUGACUGUCUGGAUGUGGACUGUAUGGGCUGCUUUUACCCCUGCCCCGAGUGUGGAUCGCGCAAGUGCGGGGUCGAGUGUCGCUGCGACAGGAAGUGGCUUUACGAGCAGGUGGAAGUGGAGGGUGGAGAAAUCAUUCGGAACAAAUUUGCUGUUUGAUUAUCAAAGACUCCUAAAUGUUAGAGUAAGGGGGAUUUCGAGGGAUUAAAUUUUCCUUCUCCCUGAGUUCAGUUGUAAGUCUGGACCAUUUCAGACUGUGAAGCUUUGUAAAGAAAUAUUCAGCAAUGUUAAAUGAUAUUUAAAGCUUUUUUUCUGUACCUUUGUGUUAAUAAACAUUUUUUUCUUAA